UUGUCUGCUUCGCGGACGUAUCAUCGUGAAAUUGGAAGUCUUUAUCUCCCAAAGACUCCACCAACAGAUUUGGACUGAGAAAAUGAGGUAUUCUGAUCUCUGAUACAUGUAACCGCAGUUUCUCGAUGUUCAAAAAGUAAACGAUCGCUGUCUAACUCACAGUACCGAUUUUGAAGCCACGAUUCCGUUUUCAUUUUUGUUUCGUAUAAAUCCAGCUCAGCAAAAGCGUCAUUAAUCUGGUGUGGAGUCCAAUUCUAUGUAAGAAGGAAUCAUUCAGUUUUAGGUUCUUCUAUAUUUGGCAGGAGGCCCUACAACCUAUAUUUGGGUUUGGAUUUUUGGAGGCAUAUAGAUAGAGACAUUUUAAUACAAGACCCACGACGGUUUUAUCUGUGCAAGAAACGGACCUUUGUAAGAUUCUCAAAUUGUAACUCAUCGACAAAGCAGAAGCAUAAGCAGGGGAAGAAGAAGAAGGAGAAGAAAAAGCACUCCUUUGUAGAAAGAAGAACAAGGGAUUGAAGCGAUGGCGACCGAGACUUUGGUUUUGAUGGGAAAGGACGGAUCGUCGUCGCUAUUUUUAACGUCUGGGGCAACUGGGCGCAUAAACGCUCUGUUUUCUAUUCGAUUGUUGAAGAGCCUGCUAAUGCUGAUAAAUGCCGUCGUUUUACUGCUGCUUUUACCCUUCCGAGGACCGAGGCGGGUCUCGCCGGUGGACAAACCUAGCAAGGACGAGAAACAAACCGAUUAUCACCGGAAGGGGGUGGUGGUGCGAGUUCCGACAGGUUUUGUGUCAUGGAAGAGUUAUUUAAGCGUUGGCUGUAGCAGUAGUAGCGCGGCGGCGACGGUGAAGGCGGUGGAUGAAGCUGUGGAGGCAAGGAGAGCGAUGGCCAUACGGAGAGUUUUGGAGGAUAGCGACCACAGUACGGUGAGAGAGUAUUCCCUAAUCGGUACGAAAAGGGGUGACACAAUCUUCACGCAAUCUUGGACGCCAGUGUCGGUUAAAAUCAGAGGACUUGUUCUUCUUAUGCAUGGACUUAAUGAACACAGUGGCAGGUACGGUGAUUUUGCAAAGAAGCUGAAUGCUAAUGGAUUCAAGGUUUACGGGAUGGAUUGGGUUGGCCACGGCGGAAGUGAUGGGCUACAUGGAUACGUGCAUUCUCUUGAUGACGCUGUUUCUGACAUGAAAGUUUUUCUUGAGAAGGUUCUUAUUGAAAAUCCUGGGCUUCCUUGUUUUUGCUUUGGACACUCAACAGGUGCAGCCAUUGUUAUUAAGGCACUGCUGGACCCAAAGGUCGAAGCUUGUGUAUCCGGUGCAGUUGUGACCUCACCUGCAGUUGGAGUCCAGGCUUCUCAUCCAAUAUUCUUGGCACUUGCCCCUAUCGUUUCAUUGCUGCUGCCUAAAUAUCAAUUUAAUUCUGCCUAUAAAAAGGGUUCAACGGUUUGUCGAGAUCCAGAUGCACUAGUAUCUAAAUAUUCUGACCCACUAGUGUGUACUGGAUCGCUCAGAGUCCGAACAGGUCAUGAGAUUAUCCGAAUCACGACCUACUUGCAACAAAAUUUGAGAAAUUUCAAAGUUCCGUUCCUGGUUCUUCAUGGCACUGCCGAUACAGUCACUGAUCCCGCUGCUUCUAAGAAGUUGUAUGAAGAGGCCUCUUCAUCUGACAAAACCAUCCAUUUAUUUGAAGGAUUGUUACAUGACCUCCUUUUUGAACCAGAACGUCAUGCUGUCACACAGGAAAUAAUUCAGUGGCUGAAUAGUAGAGUGUGAGGUUAGAUGGUGUCUUGGCUUCAUGGAAUUGUUCACGGAGAGAACGUCUCUGGUGUUCCUUUCCAUAGAUUGCUGCAAGGUUAUUCCAUGUGAAAGUGAGAGAAGAAAAUUGCAGCAAGUGAUAUAUUGAAGCAUUUUUUUUCCUGUGUGUAACUAGUGACAACCGUGUAAUAUUUACUCUAGAAGUAGACAGGGAAUUGUUCUGUAUUAUUCUCAAUUUGUCAUCGUCCUGAUUUUAUGUGAACGUGAUUAAUGUCUUCGGAGAAUCAAUCACUUAAUUUUCCAA